AUGGCGGCGCAGCCCCCCCGCUCGGAGGUGGAAAAUGGCCCCGCUUUUAUUUGGGGAGGGGGUCGCAGCCCCCCGGGGGGGCUCCUGGCCGGGGCCCCCCCCCCCGCGCAGCGCCGCGAGUCCUUCCUGUACCGCGGGGACAGCGACCUGGACACGACCCCCCCCAGGAGCAUCUCCCGCAACUCCUCCGUCACCAGCGAGACGAGCAUCCCCCGCAACUCCUCCGUCACCAGCGAGACGAGCAUCUCCCGCAACUCCUCCGUCACCAGCGGGGGACCCCCCCUCCUCAUCCUCGCCGGGCCGGGCUGUGAGGCUCUGGGGGGGCUGCACUUGGAUGUGGGGGGGCACGAGGUGCUGCUGGAAGGGGGGGGAGCCUUCCCGCCCCCCCCGUGGAGCCACACCUGCCUAAAACAGGAGGAUGAGGAGGACCCCGUGCUGAGGCUGAAGCAGGAGGAGCUGCCCCCUCCCCCCGCAGAGCCCCCCCCUCCGGAGCCCCCCCGGGAGCCCCCCCCGGCCGAGGAGAGCGAGGGUCCCACGAUCAUCUACGAGAUCCCCAAAGAGCCAGAGAGGCGCCGGCGGAGCAGACGGGGCCGAGCCCCCUCCCCAGAGGACCCCCCCUCACCCCUCAGCUGUCCCCACGCCGGCUGCGGGCAGGAGUUCAGCGCCGCCAGCAGCUUCCAGAGCCACCUGAAGCUGGCGCACCGCAGGGGCCGCAGCCAGGUGUGCCCCCAGCCCGGCUGCGGGAAGAGCUUUUACCUGGCACAGCACCUGCGCCGGCACAUGGGCGUCCACUCAGGUGUGCGGGAGUUCACCUGUGACACCUGCGGGAAAUCCUUCAAGCGCAAGAACCACCUGGAGGUCCACAGGAGGACCCACACCGGCGAGACCCCCCUGCAGUGUGAGGUGUGCGGGUACCGCUGCCGCCAGCGCGCGUCCCUGACGUGGCACAUGAGGAGACACGGGGGGCUCAAGAGUCACCCCGAGCCCCGUGGCACGUAGGGGACCCCCUGGAGUCACCUGGGGACCCCCUGGACUCACCUGGGAUCCCCUGGACUCACCUGGGAUCCCCUGGAGUCACCUGGGACCCUUCUGGAGUCACCUGGGGACCCCCUGGAGUCACCUGGGGACCCCCUGACUCACCUGAGACACCUCUGGAGUCACCUGGGGACCCCCUGGAGUCACCUGGGAUCCCCUGGACUCACCUGGG